AUGAUCCAUCGCCUCCGGCUACCACACCAGUGUAUCCGAACGCUGCGCCGUUACAACGCAUCCAUAUCCCCUGAGCUCAACCAGCUUUUACAGCAGACGAUUGAUGCCACAACAAAUGCCGCCCAACCGCAAGAAUCAGGUCCAUCAUCGCGGGUAGAGUUUGAAGACGAUGGCGACGAAGCACCCAUGUCAGAGCUGGCUAUUGCUAGCGAGCGACAGUUAUUCUACAAUAUCUUCAAGCUGUACAUGCAAGAACACCCUGAACGAGAGGCCCAGGCGGGUGUAGCGGGUACGGUGGCAGCUCUGUUGGAGCGUACCAAAAAAGCUAAGACAGUGGCGAAAAGAGUCAAGACUGCCCGCGAACGGAUAUCCAGUGACCUUAAACAGGGGCUUGAGUCAUCAACACUUCAAGCUAUUAGCAAGUUACCCCAUGUGGGCGAAGUGUGUCGGUGGUUUUUCGCUGAUCUUGACCGGUGGAAGAAGAUGGUGAGUGAUGCCAAACUGAAGCGUGAUCAGCGGGCUUUGACCCUCGACCAUUUACUUAAACCCGGAGCUGAAACGGAAGCGGAACUGUUUGUUAACUCAGUAAUUGCUGAAGCGGAAGCUAACCCUACAACGCCCCCACUUAAUGCGUUUACAUUACCCAUAGUGAUUAACGGUUUAAUUAAGAUGGCCGCUUUUGAACUCCAUGAUGGCCAAACGGCAAUGACCUUAUACCACUGGCUCAAACGUGACGUAAACGUUUACUCAGUGGCGUGUAACCAAGAAACUCACAAUUUGGUGCUUGCCAUUGCUCACUUAUAUUAUGGUAAAGGAGACUUGUACCCAGUGGAAGCUUUAUAUCAUGAAAUGAGGAAUAGUGGGUUUUCCGGUAACAUGGAGACAUUCAACGUUCUAAAACAAGUGGUGAUUGAUUACUAUGGUCUCCGUAUGGGUAAACUCGACGGAGUUAAUGCUACGACGCUGGUGCCAUUGUGGCUGAAAGAGGACGACGUCAGAGCCGAGUCCUUUGAACGACACUUAAAGCAACUCGCCCGGAGAUUAACUCACUAG